CAGAUGCUGUUCUCUGUUUGCUGUUGCUGCAGGAACGGAAUGGCCCACAGGGAGAGAGCUCUGCCCUGGCUGUUGCUGCUGGCACUGGCCUUGCUGGGCAGCAGCACGGCGGAGCGGGACUGCCGAGUCAGCAGCUUCAAAGUCAAGGAGAACUUCGACAAGACCAGGUACAGUGGCACCUGGUAUGCCAUGGCAAAAAAAGACCCCGAGGGGCUGUUUCUGCAGGAUAAUGUGGUAGCCCAGUUCACCGUAGACGAGAAUGGACAAAUGACUGCCACUGCAAAGGGCAGAGUCAGGCUCUUCAAUAACUGGGAUGUCUGUGCUGACAUGAUUGGCUCUUUCACUGACACAGAGGAUCCUGCCAAGUUCAAGAUGAAGUACUGGGGUGUUGCCUCUUUUCUGCAGAAAGGAAAUGAUGAUCACUGGGUAGUGGACACAGAUUAUGACACAUAUGCUCUUCAUUACUCCUGCCGCCAGCUAAAUGAAGACGGCACUUGUGCUGAUAGCUAUUCCUUUGUGUUCUCCCGGGACCCCAAGGGAUUGCCUCCAGAGGCACAGAAAAUUGUCAGACAAAGGCAGAUAGACCUCUGCUUGGACAGAAAAUACAGAGUUAUUGUUCAUAAUGGAUUUUGCUCUUAAGGAAAUGCCAAACUAUGGAAAGAAACCAGCACCAUGGAUGUAAUGUUAACUCACUGAUCGGGUGUUCUCUUGAAAACCUUUUAAACGGCUUCAUCUAGAUUUUGAGUAUAUUUAUCUGAGCUGGGUAGCUCACCUUGUUAAUAAAUCAAUGAAACAUUUUAAUAAACUUGGAUUACAGGGGAUGCAAAUUGUUUGUAUGCACAUCUGUACAAAUGUAGACAUUGGUUUUAUUGGUAAACCGUUAUCUUAAUGCACUAUUUUGAAUUGGUGGCAGAUGGCUAUAAUUAAGAAUUUAAUCUUUCUCUUUUUAGCAGUUUUAGUUUCUGACUAGAAGAGUUAUAAUUAAAAA